GGUUGGCCUCAGUCUCGCAGUGUGUAUAUAGAGCAUGGAAGGGCAUCACUGUGCACAUUCCUCUGUAGCUCUCACUAACGGUCAGGAGAAGAGCUUCAGCUCAGCUGAAAGAUGGGCAAGCAGAAGAUUUUCCUGGAUAAGCUAUCCCAUAGCUUGCAGAUUCGUAGCAAGCUGCUACGUCAAGGACUUGCUGAGUGCUUGGGCACCCUCAUCCUGGUGAUGUUUGGCUGUGGUUCAGUGGCUCAGUUCAAGCUUAGCGAUGAAAACCAUGGCAUCUUCCUCGGUGUGAACUUAGCGUUCGGAUUUGCGGCCACUCUUGGAAUCCUGGUGUGCGGCCAGGUCUCAGGAGGUCAUCUAAACCCAGCUGUCACCUUUGCCCUCUGCCUCCUCGGGAGGGAAAAAUGGAGGAAGUUCCCUGUAUACUUUCUCUUCCAGACCCUUGGUGCCUUUUUGGGUGCUGGUAUCAUCUUUGGCAUGUACCAUGAUGCUCUGGUGAAAUACGAACAGGUUCAUAAUAAAUUACCUGUUGGAAUUUUCGCUACCUACCCCGGCGAGCACCUGAGUAUCGUCAAUGGAUUUUUUGAUCAGCUGAUCGGCACAGCUGCACUGAUCGUUUGUGUUCUGGCCAUUGUGGACCCCUUCAACAACCCCAUCCCACAAGGACUUGAGGCUUUCACUGUGGGGUUCACUGUACUUGUCAUUGGUCUAUCCAUGGGCUUCAACUCUGGUUAUGCUGUAAACCCAGCCAGAGACCUGGGACCUCGCCUUUUCACUGCCAUUGCAGGCUGGGGCCACGAAGUCUUCGUUAAAGGGAACUGCUGGUUCCUGGUGCCCAUCUUUGCCCCGUUCCUGGGUACCAUCGUUGGAGUCAUUGUGUACCAGCUGAUGGUGGGCUGGCAUGUGGAGGGCGAGGUGCGGGACAAAAAGAAGGCAACCGAGGACAAUGUGAAACUGAAUGAUAUGAAUGAUGUCUCGGCUCCCUAAGCUGUGCCAACCAAUUCUACCAGUGCUUUCCUCAGUAAGCUCUACAGAAUGAUACCUGCCUUUGACCAUCUCAUAAAGAAUUCAGAUAUCAAAUGCAGCUCCUGAAACAGCUGCAAAUAAAUGAGUAAACAAAGCAUGAUGCUUUCGCAGCAGUGCUGUCAAUGCUGACAUAUUUGUUUGUUCAUAUAUCGAUUGUAUUCUCUACUCAUCUUCAACAUUCUGACAUAAAGGGAAACUGUCUUUCUUCAUCAGCACGAAUUAUAUUAAUUCUGUAACAGAUAGAGGUGAUUGGAGCAGAAAGUCAAAUUACAUCUUCCCACAAAUACUGUAUGUGUAUUUACAGUAUUCUAUAUUUUGUACCAUUUAGUUUUGUCUUUUUGUACUUAAGCUUAUGGAGGUUUAAACAGAUGGACACAUACAGGCUACACAGUUGCUAUAAUUUUCAUUGUUGUAAGUAUUUUUUAUAUAAAUAUAUAUACAUGUGUGUGUGUGUAGACAGCAUCCUUUAAACCAAGAAACCUAAAUAUCAAGGAUUCCUUUUAAAAACUGUUUUUGUUUUCUUUCAAUAAAAUGAAUCCCAGUUCAGUUGUUGGGAAGACGUUUCAGCUAUUCCAAUAUGGGUGACAAUAAUGUCUUAGCAAUGUUCAAAAGGCAAAAUGUAGCUAAUAAAUCCUAGAUUUCAUAUGUUGUAUAUGUAAAAUGGAUGGAACUCACUAUAAGCUCUUUCUGACUGUAAAACCUCAGAACUGCAGCUCUUGUAAAAUAUUGUUUACUUUCUGUAUUAAAUGUGAGCCAAAUUUGCUUGGGCAUUGCUUCAAUCUUUGUGAAGGCUGUAUACACCUGAAUGCCUGUUUUGCUCACUUCACUUUUAGAAAAGAGGAAACAAUCCACCAAAAAACAAGCAUUCUUGUUUGUAUGGCUUUCUACGCUUCAAUGUAUCACUAGUGUCUUUUAUAUUUUUAGCUUUAUUGUGUGAUUAAAGUUUUUUAAGCCAUAUGCAGAUUUCUCUUGAUGCUGUAAGGUUAGGUAGCUUAAUGCCAUUUUCAUCAUUUAACUGGUAUAAAAAAAUCUUUGUAACAUAGUUGUUGUUGUUUUGUUAUACCUGCUAAUAGUUCAUACACUUUUAACUCAAACACAUCAUGUGUUUUUUGUUUUUGUUUGUUUGUUUGUUUGUUUUUUAGCAGUACCUGUACCCUGUAUUUCUACACAAUAAAGUUUCUUAAAUGGUC